AUGGCUGAAAAUAGUGUGGAAUCCAAUUUUGUAUCCAUGAAGCCUGCUGUAGAAUUUUUGAAUGUUAUGGAUCAGUACUGUUACAGUGAAGACUUGAUUUGUACUUACAAAUUCAAUGAUUAUAUUCCUCAGGAAGGUGAUAGAAUUGCUAUUUUCAAAGUAGGUUGGUGUUUCGUGAAGGAUUAUGUUGUUUUCGAAUGGGCCCCUGUUGGAUCCACAGAAACGAUUCAUACUAUUUCUUUCAAUAAACACAUUCUCCCAAAAAACAACAUUGAAAUUUAUCAGAUAUGCUAUUUGAGUAGUGAGAAUGAAUUACAUGGAGCAAGUUCUUCCUUCCAAUUUUCAUCCGAGAAAUCUAUUGUGGUAAAGUCAGAAGAAGUUCCGUCUGCUUCUGUGUUUGAAGAGAAAAUCAAAAGCAGCCCAGAAGUUCUUCAUUCAUCUGAAACUGAGCUGAAAAACCUGAAAGAAGAAAAUGCCUUGCUGCGUAGCGCACUGAAGGCAUUAACUUCGAAAACUCCUGAAGAAACGAAAAAUUAUGAUAAAGAUAUCAAACAACUUUAUGAAAUAACUGACCGCCUGAACACUGCUUUGAAAUUACAAGAUCAGGAAAUCAGUACCUUGAAGAUGAAGAUUAAAGAAGCUGGAGAGGAAUAUAAAAAGAUCUAUCUUGAGAAAUAUAAAAUGGAAAAGAAAUAUGAACAACUGAAAAGUAAAAAGGAAUGUGAAUAUCUACGUACUGCCGAUUUAUUAACUUUUGACAUUGAUGAGUUGAAAUCCAUCCCCCCGUUUCCCUUCAGCAAGGAGUGA